AAAGUUUAGUUCAUAAGAGUUAUCGUCUUUUCAUUUUAGCCUUCAAUUUGAGACGGCGACUUCGCAGUUUCAGUUUCUUCUUCCCGUAGACCCUUUUCAUCGAACCACUGUCCAGUUCCUACUAGAUCUUGCUUAGAAGAAAAAUGUCAACGUUCGCUGACUCUUUCGCUCAACUUGGCGACGACUCCUUGGACUCUUUUGACUCAAUUCCACAUCAAGAAGAAGACACCAACGGCUACGAUGCGUAUGACCCUUCUCAGCAAUUCGACUCUUUCGCCGACCAUUCGGAUCAUCCCAAGGACUCGACUCAUGACGUGUUUGCACCGGAUCCGUACACAAAUGGAGCAGAGUUUGGCCAAGAAUUUGACGGAUCGAACGGCCCGGUUUUGCCUCCGCUGGCGGAGAUGGAGCCCGAGGAAGGGGCUUCUCUCAGGGAAUGGAGAAGGGAGAAUGCACUUCGGUUGGAGGAGAAGGAGAACAGGGAGAAGGAAUUGUUGAGCCAAAUAAUCGAGGAAGCUGAUGAAUUCAAAGUCGAGUUUUAUAAGAAAAGAGAGUUGACCUGUGAAAACAACAAGGCCAGUAACAGAGAGAGAGAGAAGAUAUUUGUAGCCAACCAUGAGAAAUUCCAUGCCGAAGCUGAUAAGCAUUACUGGAAAGCAAUUGCGGAACUCAUUCCUAAUGAAGUACCAACUAUAGAGAAGAGAGGAAAAAAGGAUAAGGAGAAGAAGCCUUUCAUUGUCGUCGUCCAGGGUCCUAAGCCGGGGAAACCAACCGAUCGUUCAAGGAUGAGACAGAUACUCUUGAAACUAAAGCACGACACACCGCCCCACCUGAAGCAUUCUCCUCCACCACAGGUGGCUGACCCUGCAAAAGAUCAAGAUGCCAAAACUAGUAAUACUUCCGUCCCGGCUGCUGUGGUCACAAGCUCCGGUGAGGCCAUAGCUGCUGCUUAAGUAGCUUUGUUUUAACAUUUAUCAGCUUUUGCAUUGAAAACUAUCUACAACACUAUAUUGCUAGUAGACUGAUAUUUAGCUGUCCAGCACCGUCUGCGUCAGGGUAUAAAUAGUGGGUUUUAAGAGGUUAUAAAUUAGAGUUUGUCUAUGCAUGAAAUUGUCAUUAAGAUGGAAUGUAGUAGUAAUAUACACAACUAUUUAUUAGACCCGAA